UCUUCGACUGUUUUCCACUAGAGGCACACUCAUUUGAAGAGUGGAAUUCUUGAUUCUUCAUGCAGUCAUGGAUUUGGAUAAACCAUCUGUCUGGGGGUCAUUCAAACAGCGGACCAGACCAUUGUUAAUCAACUUGAGCAAGAAGAGAGCUAAAAAGACCCCAAGCAAACCCUUGGAUUUAAGGGUGCAGCAUCACCUGGACCGGCGCCUCAGCCUCUCAGUGCCCGACCUCCUGGAAGCAGAGGCCUUGGCCCCCGAGGGCCGGCCUUACUCAGGGCCCCAGUCAUCCUAUACCUCAGUACCCAACAGCCUGUCCACGGCAGGCAUCGUCCCCAAGAGCAGCAGCAGCUCCCUGAAGCAGUCUGAGGAAGAACUGGACUGGAGCCAGGAGGAAGCAAGCCAUGUCCACGGGGUGGACACCGACUCUGAGGAGAUCUACGCCUCUUCUGCAGAAGAGCGGCGGGCAUCCAGCCAGAGUGGCCUGGAUCUGCACAAACAUCCCCUUGGAGGGGAUGCUCCUGAAGAGCCAGAGAAGGCACGUGGCAGUGAUGAUAUGAAUGCUUCUAUGACAUCUCAGCAUUUUGAAGAAGAAUCUACUCUUGGAGAAGCCGGUGAUUGCCUGAGUCACCUCCCGAGCCCCUUUGCAUACCUCCUUACUAUACAUCUGAAGGAAGGCCGUAAUCUUGUGGUCCGGGAUCGCUGCGGCACAAGUGAUCCGUAUGUGAAAUUUAAGCUGAACGGGAAGACGCUGUACAAAAGUAAAGUCAUAUAUAAGAACUUGAACCCGAUUUGGGACGAGAUAGUUGUGCUGCCGAUACAAAGCCUUGAUCAAAAGCUUCGUGUGAAGGUGUACGAUCGAGACUUAACCACGUCUGACUUCAUGGGGUCCGCCUUUGUCAUUCUCAGGGACCUUGAACUUAACAGGACGACUGAAUAUAUUUUAAAACUGGAAGAUCCAAACAGUUUAGAAGAUGAUAUGGGAGUGAUUGUGUUAAAUUUGAAUCUAGUUGUGAAACAGGGUGACUUCAAGAGGCAUCGUUGGUCAAAUCGGAAGCGGUUAAGUGCCAGCAAGUCCUCUUUGAUCCGCAACCUACGGCUCUCAGAGUCCCUAAGAAAGAAUCAACUCUGGAAUGGGAUUAUAAGUAUAACUCUGUUGGAAGGGAAGAAUGUCUCAGGAGGGAACAUGACAGAGAUGUUUGUCCAGUUGAAACUGGGAGAUCAGAGAUACAAAAGCAAGACACUGUGUAAGAGUGCAAACCCGCAGUGGCAGGAACAGUUUGACUUUCACUACUUCUCUGACAGGAUGGGCAUUUUGGACAUUGAAGUGUGGGGAAAGGACAGCAAAAAGCACGAGGAGCGACUGGGCACGUGUAAAGUGGAUAUCUCAGCACUCCCACUGAAGCAAGACAACUGCUUGGAGCUGCCUCUGGAGAGCUGCCUCGGGGCUCUCCUCAUGUUGAUCACCCUGACUCCCUGUACUGGAGUCUCCAUCUCUGACCUCUGUGUCUGCCCCUUCGAGGAUCCCAGUGAAAGGAAGCAGAUCUCCCAGAGAUAUGCCUUGCAGAACUCACUGAAGGAUGUGAAGGACGUCGGCAUUCUACAGGUGAAGGUUCUGAAGGCGGCAGACCUCAUGGCAGCGGAUUUCUCAGGGAAGAGUGAUCCUUUCUGCCUGCUGGAGUUGGGCAAUGACCGACUUCAGACACACACCAUUUACAAAAACCUCAAUCCUGAGUGGAACAAAGUUUUUACAUUCCCUAUUAAAGAUAUCCAUGACGUUUUGGAAGUGACAGUGUUUGAUGAGGAUGGAGAUAAAGCUCCGGAUUUUCUUGGAAAAGUCGCCAUCCCCUUGCUGUCUAUUAGAGACGGACAACCAAAUUGUUAUGUGUUGAAGAAUAAAGAUUUGGAACAAGCUUUUAAAGGGCUUAUUUACUUAGAGAUGGACCUCAUAUAUAAUCCAGUCAAAGCGAGUAUCAGGACCUUCACUCCAAGAGAAAAGCGCUUCAUGGAAGACAACCGCAAGCUGUCCAAAAAGAUCUUAUCAAGAGAUGCGGACAGGGUGAAGAGACUCACCAUGGCAAUAUGGAACACAAUACAGUUCUUCAAAAGCUGCUUCCAGUGGGAGUCCACACUGAGAAGUACAAUAGCAUUUGUGGUGUUUUUGGUCACUGUCUGGAAUUUUGAACUCUACAUGAUCCCUUUGGCAUUGUUGCUGCUCUUUCUGUACAACUUCCUCAGACCUAUGAAAGGGAAGGCCAGCAGCACCCAGGACAGCCAGGAGAGCACAGACAUAGAGGAGGAAGAGGAAGAGGAGGAAAAGGAAUCCGAGAAAAAGGGACUAAUUGAGAGAAUCUAUAUGGUACAGGAUAUUGUUUCCACUGUCCAGAACAUCUUAGAGGAAGUUGCUUCAUUUGGAGAAAGGAUUAAGAAUGUGUUUAACUGGACGGUCCCCUUCCUUUCUCUGCUGGCCUGUUUGAUUCUGGCCGUAGCCACAGUGGCUUUGUAUUUCAUCCCUCUCCGGUAUAUCGUUCUACUCUGGGGCAUAAAUAAAUUUACUAAGAAGCUUCGAAACCCUUAUUCCAUCGACAAUAACGAGCUCCUUGACUUUCUCUCCAGGGUACCCUCAGACGUUCAGAAGGUGCAGUAUGCGGAGCUAAAGCUCUGUGGCAGCCACAGCCCACUUCGGAAGAAGCGGAGCACUGUCUAGGGCUCGCUCUGGCUGAGGACUCCAGCAUCCCAUGUGUAGCUGAUCAGACCUCUGUCUUGGCUGCUCCAGUGGAACCCAGGUGUCCUGAAAUGGGUGCUCUGUGCAGUCCUCUCAUCAUCCUCUAUUCUCGUCACGUAGUCAGAUGCACACACCUGCACACAUGUCCCCAUGCACGGGUAUCCCAGAUGCCUAGACAGUCAACCCAACCGAAGGUGUCAAGUCUGAAACUGUGAGAGUCUUUCAUUCAUUUGUAGGUAGGACAUAAAACAAGGGGUCCACAUAUCUGAACACUGUCCUUGGUUCCAGAAUGAUGCUCAACUUAUUUCAAUCCCUUCAGCAGAUUUUUACUAAGAUUCAAUAAUUUCCAUCAGGGACUUGUGGCUCGCACUUGUAAUCCCAGCAGUGAAGAAGCUAAGGCAGGGCAGUUACAAGCUACAUGUCAGCCCAGGAGCUGUGCCACACUAGCCUCUGCUCCAUUACAGUCAUAAAAUGCAGUGUCAACAGAGGUGUACUUAUUUCCAGUCUUGAUCUGCCACUUGUUUCAAAUUCUUUCCAUCCAGAUAAUGUACAUUAGAAAAUGAACAUUUUGCAACUUCCAGAAUUAACCCAAAUAGUUGGGAAUCAGCUGUGAUUAUUCAAGACCUCUUUAUGUAUUUGGUGACCCCUUAGUAUUGGAUGCCAGCCUGUAUCACAUCUCAGCUGUUGUAGGCAGGGGGUAUCCUUGAAGGUCCCAAGGAGCCACUCAUUUGAAGAGUAAGGAUUUCAUGAUAGAAUUUUGCUGCUGUAAAAAUGCCAUUUCUUCCAACUUCAGUUUUUGCUUAUUACCAAAAUAAGAUGUUGAUAUGCAUCCUCAGAAAGAUGGUGGGGGUUGGGGGAGACAAAUUAGUAAAUUCAGAAAGUGUCUAGAAAUAUGAAAGUAUGAAGGGGCUUACUUAGAGACUCUUAGUGAAAUAUAAGCAUUUCAGUUACCCAAUGUUUUGAGCAGACAGUUAAAAUGUUUUGGGCUCCCUGAAUUUGUCUUGCUUUUUUCCUGAUGGUCAAAAUGAGAUACAGACAAUAACAGCUUAUUUCAAAACUUUGUUCAUACAAAACAACCACCCAAAAGUCCUCUGUAAAUAGCGUCAGAGUCCCAAGCAACUGGCCCUCCACAGGAUACCCUGCCAAUUUAAAAACAAUUAAUUUUGUGCAUAUAAAAAAUAUGUAGAGAUACCUUUGUGUUAAAAUUGUAUUUAAGCUUCCAAAUCUAUAUUUCAUUGACACAUACUUGCUAUGUGCAGGUUUGUAUAUAUAUAUACUGUAAAGAAACGUUGAGGUAAAAAGACCUAAUUUACUUAUGUUUUCUUCUUUCUUUGUUUCUGCAUUGUAAUUUAAUAAUCUCCAAACAAAAUGUUUUAUGAAAAAUGCCAAAGAUUCUAAACUUUAUCAUCUCAUGUCUGUUUUUCUUCAUAUCCUGCUUCCUGGUUUCUUUGUGGCGGAGCCCGAUCUCUGCAUGAUUUGAUUUACUUCAAGUUAAUGAAGCUGGCUGGAAAAGAGCCUUGAGGAGAUUCUAAAAGCCCCAGGAAAUCUGUUAGUUGUACAUACAAUAGAUACUCGAGAACUUCUUUGUCUAACCAGUUACUCAAUCUUCUGUGUAAACAAUACUGCAUUGUCUCAUCCCUGUCAUCCAGUUUAUCAUAGUCUGUCAUUUAGUAACGACCCAAGGCAGACAUCUUUAAGCCGCCUCGUGUGAGAUCUGAUCAGUCAUUGGAAUGAAAACUUUGGGGAGUGAAAUAACCCCUUAUUUAUUUAAAUGUGGAUCCCAUCCUUCAUGGCUGUUCUUUUGCUUUAGAAUUUCUAAAUGAAAUAAUUUUCCUGACAAAAAGGUAUCAUUAGUGAGACUUCUUUCCUCUGUAGCCCAAAUAGAACUCACAGCAUUAAAUUCAGGACACAAAUGCCAGCUGGUAUUUGAGAGCAGGACAGGGCCAACUUUUCCUAAACUCUCUACUGAAGAUAAUUGCUAGCUGAUUAAAUUGACAUUGCAUGUGAGAAAAUGAGUGUUUGUUGGAAGUGAAAUGUUAAGAUUUAUAUAAUUAUUAUAGUUGUACAGGUCUAAUCCUUACAGACUCUGCCUUAGCCCAGGAUCUCAGAGAAUCACAAUCACUAUAAUUUGAUACUUUAUCCAUCUUGAAGAAGCACCUGUUACACACUGUGGGCAGAACUAUUGUCCUUGUAUGCAUGACACCAUAACUAUCAUGAAUUUCCUUUUCCUUCUUCCACUGUUUGAUAUUCAAAAGGAAAAUUUGUUCUAAGCCAAGAUCUUAGCAACUUCUUCAAGAUUUUUCUUCUUGUUUCUGAGAAUUUUUACAAUUUGCACUUCUAGACAGCAGUCCUUUGACAGGUACAGAUUUGCCAGCAUGACAGUUUGUAUGCUUUGAUACCAGUAUUGAAUAAAAUGUGUGAUACUAGAAUGGAGUCACUGCAGUACCACAGCAGUGAAUCUGAUAGCCAAUGGCCACUCUAAAGACAGAAGAGCCAAAUGAAAGCAAAAUUCCUAUACCUCAACAGUCCAGACAGAAGUCUUUGGAGCCUGGCUCCCUAGUGACCCCAAAUUCCUUACAUAGACAUCUGGAGCCUAACCCCUAAACACUCACAACGAUUUACACAAAAGACCAGUGCUGUGGGAUAUUUGUACACUGUGUGAAAAUGUAUUGCUAUGAUUGGUAUAAUAAAAAGCUAAACGGCCAAUAGCUAGGCAGGAGGUAUAGGUGGACUUCCAGGGACAGGGAGGGCUUUGGGAAGAAAAAGAUGGGUUUGUCAGCCAGACAUGGAAAGGAAAUGGGAGGUGCAAGAUGGAAGAAAGGGAAUGGCAUGUGGCAGAACAUAGAUUUUAAAAAAUGGAUUCAUUUAAGAUACAAGAGA